UGUUUUUGUUGCAGGGCGCAAGAGAGAGAGAGAGAGAGAAUUGAGAUAGCAGACGAAUCACGGACAAAAUCUCUCGUAAAGUGUGGAACAGAUGAUUCUAUAUCGAGCGUUGUUUUGUAAAAAUAGAUAAUUAUUCCGGAAAACUAGGAAAAUUCAUCACAUAAAUGAUUGGUUUGAUCCGCGCUGGCGUCAUUGACAUUGUUCCCCCAAAAAGUCGAAAAAAGAGAAAACACUCCGAAAUCUUCCCAAAUAGGUCUUGUUGUUGUGUUGUGUCGAACCAGAAGUGAUGAAUACACGUCAAAACAAUCAAUCAUUAUACCUACGAAGGGAGAACAAUAACACGUCCAAAUAAAAAGUGCUACAGCUGAUUCGAGGAGGAUACUCAAAAGCUCGACUUCCGCCUGGAGUUGUACUUAGUUGGAAUUUUAAUUGGGAGAAAGCUAAAAUGUUUAAAAUCAGCUGCUAUGGCUUCCUCUUGCUUUUCCUUGGGAACUGUUGCUGCGGUAUUUACACAGAGUUGGGGAGCAAGUGGCAGACACUGUGUCCGGCCAUGUACCCGAAAAUAUUCACUAGCUAUACCCUGGUGGGCAAUCUGACCGGAGGAAAGUACACAAAGCAAACGCGAGUCUCCGACAUGGGCCACUGCUUGGCCACCUGCUGCAACCAGCCGUCAGCCUGCAACGUGGCCUUUAUGUACAACUCCUCGUGCUACCAUAUCCAGUGCGUCUCCUCGAAGCUGUGUGUUCCGUUUUACAGGCCGGACAGGGUGCACAAGAAUCCCCCGAGUAUGGUGCUCGUCAAACCUGUUGAAGAGGACGAAGCUUGGACCGAUUUUCUACUGGACGGGGACGGUGACUUGGCUGGCUCCGAGUUGCCGGACGGUACUGAGCCUGAGCUGUCGUUGUUCGGCGCGAGCAACGAACUCAGCUGUUCUACCACGGAAGACUGCGCCGAGAACGAAGUCUGCGUUAAGAAAAGCAAAAACUCCAACAUCGGAGUAUGCAAAUGCACGUUGCGUUACAGAAGAAAUUAUGCCGGGACUUGCGGCACUUACGAGGAUCUACGGGACCUCGAUUUGGCUUCAGCCCCAGAGAUCAUCAAGCCCAGGCUCUUGAAAGAUUCGCGCACGCCUGACAAGCCAACAGUCAAGCAGAUAUUCAUUAAAACGGCAUCCAAGGAAGUGCGUUUACCAGAGAACGAAGUAUCAUUGUCUGCUUUUAGUGUGCCAUCGGAGGAGCAAAUGGACGGCCAUUACAAGUAUGCUUGGACUUUACUGAGCCAGCCUGAGGCCCACACGGGAACCAUGACAGAUCAAAAUCAGAUGACAGUCAAGUUAAGCAAUCUCUCGGAGGGCCUGUAUAAAUUCAAAGUCACUGUCACAGGUCCUCACAGUUAUGGAGAAGCCUAUGCAAACGUUACCGUUCUGCCCCCUAAGAGGAUAAAUCAAGCCCCAAUACCAAUAAUAUCACCAGCAUCCCAAAUUGUCAAGUUACCAAACACUGGAGCGGUUUUGGAUGGCUCGGCUAGCAAAGACGACGACAAAAUAAUGUCUUACCACUGGGAAUUGCAGCAGGGACCGAUCGGUUAUCAGCCAAGCCUUGUUGAUACCCCUACUCUACAGUUAGACAAUCUUAUAGCCGGAAACUAUACUUUCAAAUUGACUGUCGAAGAUUCCGACCACGUAACGAACUUUACAACCGCCAACAUAACGGUUCUAAAAAUUACCGAUUACCCGCCCAGUGCCAAUGCUGGUCAGAAUGUGAUACUCUAUUUGCCGAAAAACACCCUUACUCUGAAUGGCAACCUGAGCACCGAUGACAGAGGCAUCUCUAGCUGGGAAUGGACAAAGAGUCCGUCCGACGAAAACAAGGCAGUCGACAUGCAAAACACGAGAACACCGUAUCUGCAGCUGUCGAAUUUGGAGGAAGGCAUAUAUACUUUUGUGCUUAAAGUUACCGACGAUUCGGAUCAGUCUUCAACCUCGGAGGUACACGUUUUCGUUAAACCGCCGACAAAUAAGCCACCAAAAGCCAAUGCUGGGGACAAUAUAACAAUUGCUUUGCCAGAAACUCAGGCUGUACUCAAUGGCUCUAAAAGCAAGGAUGACAUUAAAAUUGUUUCUUAUCACUGGGAACAACUAGAAGGUCCCAACAAAGCAGUAUUCGCAGUUUCAAACGCAUCCAUCACUAACGUUACAAAAUUAACGAAAGGAGAUUAUUUAUUUCAGUUGACUGUAAUCGAUGAUAGCGGCAAUAAAGAUUCCGACACUGUUCAGCUCAAAGUUACUCAAAAUAAAAAUGCUCCCCCUGUUGCAAAUGCCGGCGGAGACUUCACGAUUUUCAUGCCGUUUAAUGCUCUUUUUAUAAAUGGCUCAAAAUCGACGGAUGAUUUGAAAAUCAAAGAGUGGCAAUGGAGCAGGGACCCAAUGAGCCUAGCGAUUGGAAAUAUUAUCGAAAGAACUGAAAAAUCACCGAUUCUUAUGGUUUCGAAUGUUAUUCCGGGUCGUUACAUUUUCAAAUUAAAAGUUAGCGAUGAUCAGGGAUUGAGUAGCGAAGACUCUGUGUCUAUAAUCGUCAAGCCUGAUGCGCAGUUGUACAAUUUAGUUGAACUAAAAUUGAAUAUCGACGCUCAUUUAUUAAGGGAGUCGCAAAAAAUUUCGUUGAUUGUUAAGUUGGAAAUGUUAAUUAGAGAAGAAAGUUCGAUUGUUAUCCGCAAUUUAAGAGCAGACGCCCAUUCUGGCAAAGUCAUUUUGACAUUUUUUGUUAAGCUGAAGGAUGGGAAGUCCAUGCCAGGACCGGAAGUAGUCAGUAAAUUGAAAGAAAAGCUCAGACAAGAUUCUGGUUUAUUGCAGUUGUCGGUAACAAAUGUCGAAACAGUUGUCUGUCAAAACAAUUGUUCAGGACAUGGCACGUGUGAUCAGGAAACAAGACAAUGUUUGUGUGAAGUUUUUUGGAUGCAAAAUCUUAUACAGGUUUACUUGAGAGACGGCGAAUCCAACUGCGACUGGAGUAUUUUAUACGUGAUCAUAGCCCUACUUUCAUUGGCUAUUUGUUGGAUCGGACUUAUUUGGGGGCUGAUUUGCUUUUGUAAAAGAAUAUGCCACGGAAAACGUCGGAUCUUGCGGCCAAAAAAGAAACCGGCUCGUUACUCUUUGUUACAGCCAGAACCUGAUGAAAGUACAACUGCAUUUUCAAGACACAAAAUGGUUUUGUCAGAAUCGGAUUCCGACUCUGAUGACGUGAUGUUUGAUAAAUUCAAAGGAAGAAGUAACAGUCAUCCGAGAAGUAUGAAAGCACGAAACGGAUUUGCAAAAUCGAGUACUAAAGUAAAAACAUGAGAUACAAAAUAACGGCGACGCAUGAGCGUCAAUCCUGU